UAUGACCAAUUUGUAAUGAGAAUCGGGGAAAGAUUUCCGUGCGACAUCUGUAACCAAAGCUUUUUAACUCCGUAUACAUACAAAAAACACAGGCUAACGCACGAAACCAACCGCAAACCAAUAUAUCAAUGUGCUCAGUGUGAAAAAUCAUUUCUUCAUAAAAAUGGUCUAACAAUCCACGAGCUCCAUCACAAGGGAGCUACGAUAGAAUGUCAAGUUUGUCAAAAACGUUAUGUGCGGCAAAUAGACCUAGAUGUUCAUUUACGCACUCAUUCUGGAGAAUCGCCAUUUGUGUGUCACCUUUGUGGAAAAUCUUUCAUCCACAAACGUAUUUUAAAUAGGCACAUGCAGUACCUUGGAUAUUUCAGUUAUAAGAGCGUGAUUUGUGGUUCUAAAUUCUCCAAAUAUGAUCAAUACUAUAAUCAUCGCAUGCAACACACUGGAUUACCUUAUAAAUGUGGCGUUUGUGAAAAGCAGUUUCCAGAUGCUUACAAGAUUAAGCGUCAUAUAAGAGGUGUGCACAAAAUUGAAGAAGACAAGGAGGUGCAGAAACUCGUUGUAAGAAUAAACAUAACAAAAGAAUAUAGAGGACGAAUAGUCGAAGUUUUGGAGAAACCAGAAGAAGAAAAUAAAUAAAAUUUUACCUCAUAUAAUAAUGGUAAAAGCAGGCAGAUACCUCCUCGGUACAUUAAAAUUUAUUCUACCCAAAAGCUGCGGACAGUCACAAGAUUCUUGGAUAGUGCAAAAAUAAAAGUUAGAGACAAUAUUGACCUUUUA